AUUUAGUGCGACCGUUUGCGUGGCAAAUUUGCACCUUUUGCGAGCACAAGCGUUCUUUCCUGCAAAAAAUUGCGCUAGAAAUUGCAAAAACUGUGAAAUCCGCCACCGCAUAGAGAAAAAGAGACUUGCCCAGGUCUCCUUAAGGUGCAAAUAGCGGCGGAAAGACAGACGCGCGUGCAAAAAGCAGAGUGGGAUCGCGAGAAAAGCAGGAUACGCGGAUACAUUUGAACCGGAAGUAGGAAAAAGCACCCAACUAAUCACCGAUCAUGUCCGGCAUUGCAAUCACGCGGUUGGGGGAGGAGCGAAAGGCCUGGCGGAAGGAUCACCCCUUCGGCUUCGUCGCCCGUCCCGCCAAGAACCCCGACGGCACCCUCAACCUGAUGAUCUGGGAGUGCGCCAUUCCCGGCAAGAAGUCGACUCCCUGGGAGGGCGGCCUCUACAAGCUGCGCAUGAUCUUCAAGGACGACUACCCCACCUCGCCGCCCAAGUGCAAGUUCGAGCCGCCGCUGUUCCACCCGAACGUCUAUCCCUCGGGCACCGUCUGCCUGUCGCUGCUCGACGAGGAGAAGGACUGGCGCCCGGCCAUCACCAUCAAGCAGAUCCUGCUAGGCAUCCAGGACCUGCUCAACGAGCCGAACAUCAAGGACCCGGCCCAGGCGGAGGCCUACACCAUCUACUGCCAGAACCGGCUGGAGUACGAGAAGCGCGUUCGCGCCCAGGCCCGCGCCAUGGCGGCCACCGAGUAGUCUGCAUCCUGGGCAACGGCGUCCCGGCAUCCCACAUAGACAUUAACAAACAAACACAUCUAGGCGGUAAGCGUUUUCGAGAAUGCUAUCCACAUAUUAUCUUCUACAUAAGACCACUAAUUUUGGACGGAACUCUACUGCACACUCAAUACAAAUCAUCUGAUUUAAUUUUUUAACGCAAUCGCUUAGUACCAGCUAUAUUGUAUACUGUAUCAACUGAAUAAAAUGGAUUAAGUUCUGUACGUUUUUGGAGAGCCCGAGAGGUGCGUCAUGCCCAAAGUGGCUACGUGGCAGCCAGUUGACGCUGACGAGACUCCUUUCCAGCCCGAGAUCUUUGUAUCUUUGCGUACACUUGCGACGAUUGUGAAUAUGCAUUUUCCCACACUUUCCCAUUUAUUUAACGAGCUGUUUUGUUGUGUAAAUUGAUUACAAUCUAUUGAACUACUACUUACUACUUAACUAUAUCGUGUCAAUAAAAUGUAUUAGCUGUAAAA